CAGCGUUGUGUAGCAAUCCCGCCUGCUCAUAUUGCUGUCAACAUGUCGCUCGAGGAGAAAUUGGCCAAGAUCAAGUCGCCGAAUCUCCAGAGUCAACAGCACACUGUCGUGGUUCUGUCCUCGAUCGAAGAAACCCUCACCGAGCAGAAGACGAAAUUUAGCCCCACGGCGUACUUUGCGGCUUUGCUCGCUCUCUUGAAGCAAUCGGCUUCUACUGGAAGUGGUAAUGAGGUCGUCACCUCGGCCGUCUAUCUCCUCGACCUCGUCACCUCGCAUGUACCUUCAAGCCUCCUCCGAUCACAAUUUACCACGAUCCUGUCCUUGCUGGCACCCUUCCUAGACUCCUCUUCAACCAAUGGGCCUUUACUUCGGUCAGCAAUAGGAUGUCUGGAGUCGUUGCUGAUCGCCCAAGAUACUGCGGCUUGGAACCUGCCGCAGAUACAAGUCAGCCCUCGGCAGACAGUCCCGAUGUUGCUCACACUGGCCAUUGAUUCGAGACCCAAAAUAAGAAAACGGGCGCAGGAGGCGAUAAUGAAUAUUCUGAAAAAUCCACCACCGGGGCCUGCAAUUGAUCACCCUGCCUCCGAAGUGUGCGCCGUGGCUGCCCAGAACAAUCUCAAGAACGCUGUGGACCUGGUUCACCAGGUACGGCGACAAAAAGGUCGACCGGACGACAGCCACGAGCCGGCUGUGAUUCAUGCUCUGCAGCUGACGAAAACCAUUGCGGUGGCAUCAGGUGGGUGGCCAAGCAAGAAGAUCGAAUCACUCUGCGAGUUGCUCCUGUCCAUAUCCAGAUCGAGAAAUGAUUAUUUGGUCAUGAGCGCCUUUGAAGUGUUCGAGGUGAUAUUUGAGGGAAUGCAGGAUGAAGUCUCUUCCUCGAAGUUGCCACGCUUGCUGGAAGCGAUAGUGGAUUUGAAACCUCCUCAGAACGACUCUCAGCUGCUUCCUCCCUGGAUAGCAAUCUUGUCGAGGGGCUACGGCACAGCCGCAGUCGUUGAACCCGAAGACACUUACGCAAAAUUGCCGGAGCUUUGCGACUUGGUAACACCCUUUCUGACCAGCCCGUCUCACAACAUACGGGUCUCGGCAUCCGAGUGUCUCAUCUCAUUCUUUGCCAAUUGUAUUCCGGACAGCGUCAUCUCCGACCCGUCAGUAUACGAUGAAAAGGUGCUGGAGCAACUCUCGAAAAAGGCACUUGACCUCCUAGCUGUGAAAUAUCAGACAGCGUGGAUAGAGGUGUUCAGCACCCUGAGCGCCAUUUUCGAUGCUCUGAGGUGGCGGGGUGAUCCGUUUUUGCUUCCUAUCGUACAAGCAGUCGGUGAGUUACGAAGCCACGAGGGAUUCCAAGGGAAGAAAGAAGCGGACGAAGUGCUUGGGCAUGCCAUCCGCAACCUUGGCCCCGGUGCCGUGUUGAGCGUUCUCCCUCACAACCUCAUCAGACCACAACCAGGCCAGCCCGGUAGAGCAUGGCUUCUUCCUUUACUGAGAGACCAUGUAUCGAACACAAAUCUGGCACAUUUCAGAUCGGACUUAGUCCCUCUCAGCGAGGCGAUGUAUCAGAGGAUAAUCAAUCAUGGCGACGCUGAAAAGACAAUGGACAUCAAGGUUUUCGAGACCGUGGUGCAGCAGGUCUGGGCAACCUUGCCAGGCUACUGCGACCUUCCCCUGGACUUACAAACCGCCUUUGAUCAGCCAUUCGCAGAGAUGCUCUCGAAUCUGCUUUACAAGCAGACUGAUCUACGAGUUGACCUGUGUCGAGGCUUGCAGAAUCUGGUGGAAUCGAACCAGGCACUCCUAGCUUCGGAUCUCCCAGAUGAGGUCCUUCUCCUCGAACGGCGACUGCAAAGGACAGAUGCGGAGAAGAAUAUCCAGCACCUGUCCCAGUUCGCUGGCAACCUUUUAGCUGUCCUAUUUAAUGUCUACAGUCAGACACUACCUCAGUCUCGUCCCUACAUUCUGCAGUGUAUCAACAGCUACCUCAGCAUUACUCCUGAGAAGGAUUUGGUGGACACUUUUGAGCGAGUGUCGACGAUGCUGCAAGAGGCGCUUCCCAAAGCCGAUCAGCCACCUCCCAAAAAGGAACCAAUCCAGACAUCUGGCAGCAAACUCCCCCCAACCUCCCACACACUACUUGACCUGGUCAUCGCUCUGUCUGUUCAUUUACCACGAUCAACGUUUUCCUCGCUCUUCGCCAUCUCUUCCAACAUCCUGACUAAUCCGGCGAUCCUCAAAUCUGACCCGCAACUCAUCAAGAAAGCGUACAAGCUCAUUCCAAGGCUGUCAUCUUCUCCCGUCGGGGCAGAGGCGCUUACUGCUCGCAACAAGGAAUUGCAGGAACUAGUUCUUCGGACUUCAGAAACAACGCCUGUUCCUGCCCGACGAGAUCGCAUUCUCGCGAUUCAUACACUCGUCUCCUUCCUCCCUCUAACCGAUCUCCAUUUCAUUCCCAGUAUGCUCAGUGAAGUUGUCUUGGCAUGUAAAGACAACAAUGAGAAAGCUCGAACUGCUGGAUUUGACCUCCUCCUCGCGCUCACGGAUAAGAUCUCCAGCUCAUCCAAUCCCCCGGGUACAACGAUCCGCAAUCGCCUCGUACCACACAUGCCAGACGAUUCACCCGACGCGCCAGCAACACUCGAAGAGGUCUUCACCAUGGUGAGUGCCGGGCUGGCUGGCGUGGCUCCUCAUAUGGUUGCCGCUAGUGUCAUCGCACUCAGCCGGCUCUUCUUCGAGUUCCACUCACGAUUAGGCGAUAGGACGAAAGAGGAGCUCGUCGAUACGGUCGGUAUGUUUCUGCAGUCGAACAAUCGCGAAAUCGUCCGUGCGGUCCUUGGAUUUAUCAAGGUUAUGGUUGUGGUAUUGCCCACGGAAAUCCUGGAACCCAGAAUGCCCAACAUUGUUCCCGGACUGAUGGUUUGGAGCAAAGAAAACAAAGGACGGCUGAGAGCCAAGGUCAAGGGAAUCUUGGAUCGAUGUCUGAGAAGAUUCGAUUCAGCCAAGGUUGAAAGCUGGGUUGGUGGCGAUGACAGGAAGAUGGUCGUUAACAUCCGCAAACGGAGAGAGCGAGGACGGCGGAAGAAGAAGGGGGAUGAAGAGAUGGACGAAGAUGAAGAGACUACAACGAAAAAGUAUGACAACGAAUUCGACGAGGCCGUUUACGGCUCCGAUGACGACGAUUCGGAGAUUGAAGGCAGUGACGACGAAGACAAUGAUACUGCUCCUACGUCAGGAGUCUCCUUCAAGAAAGGUUCGGUGACUGGCAGGAAGCAGGGACAUGAGCAGUAUAUCCGCCAAGAUGAAGAGGAUGAUGAACCGCUCGAUCUGCUCGACCCGCGAAGCAUGGCGAGCAUUGCUACUAAAAAACUUGGGCGACUGACGGACGUGCGUUCGGGAACGAAGAAAACAAAGGCGAAGAUCAACGAGGAUGGCAAAUUGGUCUUUGGCGGCGAGCAAGAGGACGAAGGCGGUGAUGUCGAUGUCGUCAUGUCAGGGUCGGCGAAUCCAGACAACUCGGUCAACGCAUAUCUCGACGCGGUGUCUGGGGCCGAUGCCGUAAGGAGGGGUCAGAAAGGCAGGCUGAAAGUCAAGUCUGGCAUGCAAAGGAAGACGAAGCAGGAGACUCGCGACAGAGACAAUGAAGAGAUGGAGCUGGACGUUGAAGAGGCCAGACAGGUUGCGAGACAGAUUAUGCAGGGCUCCGGAUCUCCAAAGUCUCCCGGUGGCAAGGGAAGUGACCCGAAACAGCAGAGACGUGGUCUGGGUGUCGAGAAGAGGAGAGACCAGCCUCAGAAGCAGCGAUUCCGAAGCGGGAGUGGGGUGGGGAGACGGGGUGGUGGAAGAGUGCGAUUCGGAGGCAGGAACGGUAGCAGGAGAUGACGAGGGUUGCUCAGUCUCUCUUGCUGUGGUCCGUGGCGUUAUACAGGAUUUGGAUCUGAAGAUUGUUCUCAAAUGGGCAUGAAGGAAAUGAAAAGAUAUGGCAAUGACACCUUAACGAAAGAGGGUUGCUUUUUACUAUGCCAGGCUGGCUAUGCUGUUUCAUCAAGUCUUCCACACAACCGUGCCACCUGGUUCCUUUCCACGUUGGAUGUUCUCUCG